AUGAAAUUGUUUUUAAUAAAUAUUUUGUCUCUUUUCUUAUUGUUGAAUUUUAAAUUUGGGGGUAAAUUUAAAAAAUCAAAGAAAAUAUUUUUCUUGUUAACAGACACAAUCAAGUGUUACAAAGAAUUUGAUCUUGAAACAAGAACGGAGGUUCCUGUUAUAACUAAGUUAACAACGUGCGAUACUGAACAAAUUUCUGAACAAAUUGCGGAAAAAGUUCCUGAAGAAGUUAAAGAACAAGUGGCUGGAAUUAAGCUUAAAUGCAUUAAAAGCGAUUGUGGAGAAUAUGGAUAUUAUAAAAGUUGUGGGAUUUGUGCAAUUAUCAAAUUUAUUGACAGGGGCUUAGGAUUUAAAAAGGGUGAUUGUACAUGUUAUGAAUGUGAUACUGAUUAUUGUAACUCGGCAGGUGGUGUUCUGUCGAACUUGAAAAUUAUAGCUUUAUUUUGCUUGACUACCAUGAUAAUUAAUGGUAAAUCUCGUUCUUAUUACUCUGAAAAUUUUAGAGAUUAA